AUGGCUGACAGAACAGCUCCGAACUGUCAUCUGCGACUGGAGUGGGUUUACGGCUACCGGGGCCACCAGUGCCGCAACAACCUGUACUACACGGCCGCCAAGGAGAUCGUAUACUUCGUCGCCGGCGUCGGAGUUGUGUACAACACACGGGAACACAAGCAGAAAUUUUAUUUGGGACACAAUGAUGACAUAAUCAGUUUAGCGCUGCAUCCAGAGCGAGUGCUGGUGGCAACAGGACAGGUGGGCAAAGAGCCAUAUAUCUGUGUGUGGGACUCCUACACCGUACAGACAGUGUCCAUACUGAAAGACAUGCAUACACAUGGUAUCGCCUGUCUUGCAUUCGACCUAGACGGUCAGUGUUUGGUGUCUGUGGGUUUGGAUUCAAAGAACACAAUCAGUGUUUGGGACUGGAGACGGGGGAAAGUUCUGGCUGCUGCUCCUGGUCAUACGGACAGGAUAUUUGACAUAUCAUGGGACCUGUAUCAGCAAAGCAAGCUGGUGAGCUGUGGAGUGAAACAUAUCAAGUUUUGGAGUCUGUGCGGGAACGCUCUGACCCCUAAGCGUGGUGUGUUUGGGAAGACCGGAGACCUGCAGACGAUCCUCUGUCUGGCCUGUGCAAGAGACGAGAUUACAUAUUCAGGUGCCUUGAACGGAGACAUCUACGUCUGGAAGGGAAUCAGUUUAAUCCGGACAGUUCAAGGAGCUCAUGGGUCAGGGAUUUUCAGCAUGAAUGCGUGUGAGGAAGGCUUUGCCACUGGAGGCAGGGAUGGCUGCAUCCGGUUGUGGGACCUGAACUUCAAACCCAUCACCGUCAUUGACCUCAGGGAAACAGAUCAGGGAUAUAAGGGCCUGUCAGUGCGUAGUGUGUGCUGGAGAGGGGAUCACAUUCUGGUGGGCACACAGGACAGCGAGAUUUUUGAGGUGGUGGUACAUGAUCGCACCAAGCCCUUCCUCAUCAUGCAGGGUCACUGUGAGGGUGAGCUAUGGGCCUUGGCAGUUCAUCCCACAAAACCUCUUGCCAUGACUGGCAGCGACGACCGCUCUGUUCGGAUCUGGAGUCUCAUAGAUCACGCCCUCAUAGCACGUUGCAACAUGGAGGAGCCUAUACGCUGUGCAGCCAUUAGUACGGACGGUAUCCACCUGGCUCUGGGCAUGAAAGAUGGAUCCUUCACAGUGAUGAGAAUCAGGGAUAUGACAGAGGUGGUGCACAUAAAGGACCGUAAAGAGGCCAUCCACGAACUGAAGUACUCCCCUGAUGGAGCGCAACUAGCUGUGGGCUCUAACGAUAACUCGGUAGACAUCUACGGCGUUGUGCAGCGCUACAAGAAAGUGGGCGAAUGUGUGGGCUCCAGCAGCUUCAUCACACACAUGGACUGGUCCACAGACAGCAAGUACCUACAGACCAAUGAUGGCAAUGGUAGACGGCUCUUUUACAGAAUGCCCAGUGGUAAGGAAGUGACUAACAGGGAGGAACUGAAGCUUGUCCAGUGGUCUUCAUGGACUUGUGUCCUCGGGCCUGAGGUGAAUGGGAUCUGGCCCAAAUAUUCUGAUAUCAACGACAUCAACUCUGUAGAUGCCAACUUCAGUAGUCAAGUUUUAGUUACCGCUGACGAUUAUGGAUUAGUUAAAUUAUUUCGGUACCCAUGUGUAAGAAAAGGUGCAAAAUGUAAAAAAUAUUUAGGCCAUUCAGCACACAUAACCAACGUUAGAUGGUCACAUGAUUAUCAGUGGGUGAUUACGAUUGGUGGAGCUGAUCACUCAGUGUUCCAGUGGAAGUUUGUCCCUGAAAGGAAGUUAAAAGAAACUCAUCACAUAUCUCCUCAAGAGACAUUAGUAGACUCACACAGCGAGGAAUCUGACUCUGAUCAGUCAGAUGUGCCUGAGAUGGACUCUGAAAUCGAACAGGAAACACAGCUUACAUACCGGCGUCAGGUUUACAAAGAAGAUCUACCUCAGCUUAAAGAGCAGUGCAAGGAGAAGCAUCGUGCCAUUGCCAUGAAGAAGAGAGAAAGUGCUCCUGCCAGUGGAAUGAGGUUGCACUUUAUCCAUGGUUACAGAGGUUAUGACUGCAGGAGUAACCUCUUCUACACUCAGACGGGUGAGAUUGUGUAUCAUGUGGCAGCCGUGGGCGUGGUAUACAACAGACAGCAGAACACGCAACGCUUUUACCUGGGACAUGAUGACGACAUUCUUUGUCUGGCCAUACACCCUGUCAAAGACUAUGUAGCCACAGGCCAGGUGGGCCGAGAUUCUUCCAUUCAUAUUUGGGAAACAGAGUUUUUAAAGCCGCUGUCUGUUCUUAAAGGAUUUCACCAGUUUGGAGUGUGUGCACUUGACUUCUCAGCAGAUGGGAAGAGGCUGGCUUCAGUGGGUCUGGAUGACAAUCAUACCAUCGUCCUAUGGGAAUGGAGAAAAGGCGAGAAGCUCUCCACCAUUCAGGGAAGUAAGGACAAAAUAUUUGUCAUUAAAAUCAACCCGUACAUGCCAGACAAACUGAUCACAGCUGGAGUGAAACACAUGAAGUUUUGGCACAGAGCAGGGGGUGGACUGAUUGGAAAGAAGGGCAGCAUGGGAAAAAUGGAGACCAUGAUGUGCGCUGUGUAUGGCUGGACGGAAGAAAUGGUGUUCUCGGGAACCUGCACCGGAGAUAUCUGCAUCUGGAGAGAUUUGUUGUUGGUAAAAACCGUCAAAGCUCACGACGGGCCUGUUUUCAGCAUGCACACCCUGGAGAAGGGCUUUGUGACUGGUGGAAAAGAUGGAAUAGUGGCUUUGUGGGAUGACACGUUUGAGAGAUGCCUCAAGACGUAUGCCAUUAAACGAGCUGUAUUGGCCCCAGGCUCUAAAGGUUUGCUUUUAGAGGACAAUCCCUCUAUUCGUGCCAUAUCGUUGGGUCAUGGACACAUUCUUGUUGGAACCAAGAACGGAGAGAUUCUGGAGGUGGAAAAAAAUGGACCCAUCACACUUCUGGUUCAGGGUCACAUGGAGGGUGAGGUGUGGGGUCUUGCCACUCACCCUCAUCUGCCACUGUGUGCCACUGUGAGCGAAGAUAAGACCCUGCGCAUAUGGGACCUCUCACCCAGCCACUGCAUGCUCGCUGUACGCAAACUCAAGAAAGGAGGGCGAUGUUGCUGCUUCUCUCCAGAUGGGAAGGCUCUGGCGGUGGGCCUCAACGAUGGCAGCUUCCUCAUUGUUAAUGCAGACACUCUAGAGGACCUGGUGUCAUUUCAUCAUCGCAAAGACAUCAUUUCAGAAAUCCGCUUCUCUCCUGUAACUGGCAAGUAUUUGGCCGUGGCAUCGGGUGACAGCUUUGUAGACAUAUACAAUGUGAUGAGCAGCAAGAGAGUCGGUGUUUGCAAGGGCUCCAUGAACUAUAUCACCCAUCUGGACUGGGACAAGAAAGGGAAGCUUUUGCAGGUCAACACCUCAGCAAAGGAGCAGUUAUUUUUCGAGGCCCCUCGUGGAAAGAAGCAAAGCAUUCUUGCCACAGAGGUGGAGAAGAUUGACUGGAGCACAUGGACGUGUGUGCUGGGAAGUUCCUGUGAGGGGAUAUGGCCUGUGGUCAGUGAUGUUACUGAAGUAAUGGCUGCCUGUCUCAGCAAUGAUAAGAAGUUGCUGGCUACUGGGGAUGACCUUGGAUAUGUCAAGCUCUUCAAGUAUCCAGUCAAGGGAAAGUAUGCAAAGUUCAAACGGUACAUGGCCCACAGUACCCACGUGACUAAUGUGCGCUGGUCACAUGAUGACUCUCUGCUGGCAUCGCUUGGUGGCUCUGACACCUGCCUGAUGAUCUGGAGUUACGAGAGUGAGGACUAUCGAGAGGCUAGACAGUGUGACAGCGAGGAGUCAGACAUCGAGAGCGAGGAUGAUGGAGGGUACGACAGUGAUGUAACUCGAGAGAAUGAGAUCACCUAUGUAAUAAAGGCCUUAUCUACAAACAUGCGACCCAUGACUGGGGUCAAACCCCACUUACAACAGAAGGAGCCAUCAGUAGAUGAAAGGCAGGGCGUAGUCAGGGGCUCCAGACCCCCUGUGAGCAGGGCGCCACCAAUGCCAGAGAAACUACAGACCAACAACGUGGGCAAGAAAAAGAGACCCAUUGAUGACUUAGUGCUUGAGCUGGUGUUUGGUUACAGAGGCAACGACUGCCGAAACAAUGUGCAUUACCUUAAUGAGGGGGCGGAUAUCAUCUACCACACUGCCUCAGUAGGGGUCGUCCUAAACUUAACAACAGCAUGUCAGAGUUUCUAUUUAGAACACAGUGAUGACAUUCUGUGCCUGACUAUUAAUCAGCACCCAAAGUUCCCCAACGUGGUGGCAACUGGCCAAGUAGGCGAUGCUGGUGAUAUGUCAGCCACAUCUCCUUCUAUCCACUUGUGGGAGGCCAUGAACAAACAGACUCUGUCUGUUUUGCGUUGCCAUCAUUCUCGGGGUGUCUGCUCCGUCAGCUUCAGUGCCACUGGUAAACUGCUGCUCUCUGUCGGGUUGGACCCCCAGCACACCCUCACAAUCUGGAAGUGGCAGGAAGGUGCCAAAGUAGCAAGUCGGGCCGGUCACACACAGCGGAUUUUUGUGGCAGAGUUCCGGCCCGAUUCAGACACUCAGUUUGUGUCAGUGGGGAUAAAGCAUGUGCGCUUCUGGACGCUGGCUGGCAGGGCUCUGCUCAGUAAGAAAGGUGUGCUCAGCUCCAUUGAGGACGCUCGCAUGCAGACUAUGCUCUCAGUGGCAUUUGGAGCUAAUAACUUGACAUUUACAGGUACCAUUAGUGGAGAUGUGUGUGUGUGGAAGGAACACAUUCUAGUGAGAAUCGUGGCUAAAGCUCACACUGGACCUGUGUUCACCAUGUACACCACAUUACGAGACGGGCUCAUUGUAACAGGAGGCAAAGAACGACCGUCGAAGGAGGGAGGUGCACUGAAACUGUGGGAUCAGGAGUUGAAGCGUUGCAGAGCCUUCAGACUGGAGACGGGUCAGGUCAUUGACUGUGUGCGUUCUGUCUGCAGGGG